AUGGAGACUCGCCAGGUGCCCGGGAGCCCCAGGGUGCUGCUGCUGGUACUGCUGCUGGUGCCCUGGGGGGCCCGCCCAGCCUCAGGGGUCGCCCUGCCUCCUGCAGGGGCGCUCAGCCUCCGCGUCUCCGGCCGGCCCUGGGCGGUCCCGAGAGCCCCCGUCUCGCGGAGGAGCCUGGCGCUGGCUGACGACGCGGCCUUCCGGGAGCGCGCGCGGCUGCUGGCCGCCCUCGAGCGCCGCCACUGGCUGAACUCCUACAUGCACAAGCUGCUGGUGCUGGACGCGCCCUGA